AUCGGGAAUCUGAUUUGAACAACAACAUUUGAAAAUUAAACAUUUUUAAUAAAAUCAAGAAACUUGUCUUUCAUUUAAACAAUAAAAAGAAGUUAUUCAGAGUGUGGGUGAAGUUAUACACGAAUACAAUAUGUCAAAUUUAAGCUUAACAAUGAGCAAUACGCUCAAUUCAACUGAAUAUCCUAUAAUUGCAUUUUAUUUUGUUAAAAGACUUAAUGACGCAAUGAGCAAUGAGAUGAAAUUAGCGUGUGAGGCAACAAAAGAGAAAUUUCCAGAUCCUGAUUGCAUUCAUAUUAUUUCGGAAAGUGAAUGCAUCAGCAUGCCUAAAGCAAAGAUGAAAACGAACAAAAAUAUUUUCAUUUUUGAUAAGUUUGACAUGAAAGACGAGGCCUUCAAUUAUGUAUAUACAGCUAGUACUGUUUAUGUUCUCAGUCCAAGGAGCAUUUUAACAAUGUUUAUGGAAGGAAUACCAACACCUUCAGGGAUUUUCCACAUUCACAACUUUGCAAUGCGAGAUUUAAUCGUCUGUGCAACAAAUUUAACAAAAGAGAAGAAGAAAGAAAUCCAACAACUUGUCAAAUUUAUGGGUGGAAUUUAUUUAAAUGUUCUCACUGAUACUUGUACUCAUCUUAUAAGUGACACAGUGCGAUCGAUUAAAUAUGAAAUGGCUACCAAAUAUAAUGUCAAAAUAAUGCAUCCGAAUUGGGUAACAAGUGUCUGGGAUAAAACUCGAAAGACAAACGAAAAUAUUCUCGCAACUGAAGAAAUGUUUGACAAACACAAAUUGCCGAUUUUUUAUGAACUUUUUGUCGCUACGACGGGAAUGAAAUUACCAGAAAGGAACAACAUCAAAGCAUUGAUAGAAGAGAAUGGUGGACAUUAUGAGGCCGUGUUUACCAAGAAAGUUGAUUUACUUUUCAUGAGAGAAGAUUCGAUCGGAAGUGAAAAGUUUAAAGCAGCAAGAAAACUCAUGAAAAAAUGUUUGUCACCAGAUUGGAUUAUGGAUUCACUUAAAAAUAAUUAUGCAAUGCCAUUUGAUGAGUAUGAGCUUGGGACAUCAAAUAAACCAAAAGCUUCUACACCAAAGAAGAAUCCUGACAUGACUGCCGCUCCAUUCCUUGACAAUGACUGCACAAAUCUUUCAAAUAUUUCUGCCAUGACAACACGUUCAUGUCGAGAAUUAAAUAUCAAUGAAACACGUUGUUCAACCAUCUCAUCAGUGUCACGAAAAUCACCAAUGUCACCACUUCCUGAAUACAAAAAAGUUUUAUCAAAAAUUUCAUUACCAGCAGCCAAGAAAGUUGGAAUCGUUCUUGAUGGAUUCAAUUUUUAUUUCGAUGGAUUCACCAACGACGAAUCACUUCUUUUAGGAAAAGCUGUGAGUAUUCUGGGUGGACAUUCCUUCGAUGUUUUAAGUGAUCAAGUCACUCACAUUCUCAUUGGAAAUGACGAUCAAAACUUAUUCGAAAAGUUGAAUGCUUGCGACCAUGAACCGACAGUUCUCAAAGUUGAAUGGUUGGUGGAAGUCAUUGAGAAGAAGAUUCUUGUCAAUGAAGAUGAAUUCAAAGUUUCCGUUCCUGUAAAGAAGAAAACAAUUCCUGAAAAGCCAUCACCAGCAAGUAAAAAAGCGAUGGAAUCAAUGAGAGGAGUUUUCAAAAUCCCUGAACCACCAAAAUUUGGGAAAGCGGAGGAAAAUGACGAAGAAGAUCUUGAAUUGCUUCAACAAUUCUUAGAGCCACCAAAGGUCGACAGUGCAAGCGAAGAAAAUUCUUGUGUUCCUUUUUUGACCGGCAAGAAUGUCUUCGUUUAUGGAUACAGCAAUCCAGUUUUUGGCGGAGAAGUUAUCAGAGAAUGUGAGAGUGUUGGAGCAACUUUAGUUGAUGCUUCAUUCAAAGGCAUCGUUGAUUAUGUGAUAACAACGUCGUCAAUUCUCGAUCAAGAAUUGAAGUUUGAUUUUAAAGAAUUGAAACAUAUUGUGAAUGAUGAAUGGCUUUUAAAUGCUAUCGAAGCUGGAAAAUGUGUUGAAAUUGAAUUCUUUCAUCAUCCAAUAAUAAAAAUGAAAGAAGAGGAAAAAAUUCUACGAGAUGAAAUUUUUGUUGUGUCAAAUUAUAAAAGUCGAGGGCGGCAAUUUGUCAAAGAGUUAGUGGAAAAUUUAGGUGGAACUUACACCGAAAUUCUUAAACGAACUGACAAUGCAAUUUUAAUAACACCAAAUAAUGAAGGCAAGAAGUUUGAACAUACAAAGUCAUGGAAUUGUGCAGCUCUUCCUGUUGAAUGGUUGUUGAAAUGUAAAGACAUGAAGCGUCGUGUUGAUGAGACUCCUUUUCUCAUAGGUGGAACUAAAGCAAGCAUUAAAAAUAUCGAAGAAGGAAACUUAUCGCAUGUUCCAUCAUCGCAAGGUUCAAGAUAUGACGAUUUUGAUCCUCCGGUUGAGAAUGUCGAUGACGAUGAUGAUUUGGAGAAUGAAAACGUGUCAACGCCAAUUAGAACAGCUGUAAGUAAAUUUAAAACAAAAACCACAACACCGCAAACACCGAACUCUCCAAUGCCUGAACUUAACAUUUCGAGGCUGGUUGCAGACUUUCCAACACCACAACGAGAACUGACAAAAGCAGUUCUUUUAGAAUAUAAAACGAAAAAUACUGAAUCACCUCGACAAAAACGAGUACAAGCUUUGAUCAACACACCAGCAACGGGGAAAAAUAAUAUUGUUGAAACAAUAUCAUCACCACGUCCACAACUUCCUGAAUUCAUGCGAACACCACCUGUCGAUUAUGGAAUUCGACCUGGCUCUUCACCAAACACUCAAUGGUUUCAUAAAAGAAAACUUGACGGUCUUGAUAGUUUGUAUGUUGAACGAGCUGAUUCACAUAAGAGACAAAAAUCUGAAGAAGCAGAUCCAAAUCCAACGCCACCAUUUCGCCAUCGACGUUACGAUUUCUAUAAAGAGAGAAUUCCUGAUUAUAAUUCUCCUGAUCCUCGCGCGGAAACUGAAGACUUGUUGGGAUGUAAACGUCCAUGUAGUGUGACAAAUGAAGCAUCGAAGUUUCUUAAUUUCGAUGACGAUGGUAAUACACAAAAUCAACAACCAGAAGCAACAAUGAAUAAAGAUGAGAAAAGUAAGAAAGAAACAUCAUCAAAAGUUUCAAUUGAGCUUCGAAGGUCAUCAAGUGGAGAUAGAAAAAGUCUACGAAUACAUAAAAUUUCACUUCAAGAUACAGAACAGGAAAAUUCUCAUAAAGAAACGGAAGGAAAACCACCAGAGUCGCAAAUGGCUGUUGAAUGGAAAGAUGAAGCUGAUCGAAAUGUUCUUAAGAAACAAGAUAAUAGUCUUCUUGAAAUUCCACCACUGGACGAUAGUUCAGAAUCGAUUCCUGAAUAUAUUUUUCUUUUAAAUGGGAUACAAGAAAAUGAAAAAAAGCAGAUCAUUGAUCAAAUCAAUACUUUGGGUGGUAAAAUUGGCAACUCAACUUUCACUCAUUUGUUGAGCACCAAACCGAAUCGAAGUGAAAAAUUUCUGGUUGCGAUAGCGAGUGGAAAAUUUGUAUUACAUGUUGAUUACAUUAAAGAAAGUAUGAAACAAGGAAGGUUUGUAGAUGAAAGUAAAUAUGAAUAUGGAAAUGAGAGAUUUUUGAAGACGUUGAUGCCAAAAACAAGUCCUGGAAAUGAUGACAAACUUUACAAAGCUCCAUUCAAAUGGCGAAAUUGGAUAACAAAAGAAUACGAAAUUAGAUUCUGUGAUGGAGCAUUUUCUGGAAUUUCUUUUAUCCUAGUAGCUUCGAGAGAUAAAAUCUUACAAUUUACAAGCGUAAUUAAAGCUGGCGGUGGCAAUGUCAUUGAUAUUGACAUGAAAGUUCCAAUUAAAGCAGCAAUUCUUAAACGUCACAAUGUCGAUAUUUGUCUUUACGACAGUGUUCAAAACUUAAAUAAAGAAAACAUUGAGCUUCUUAAGAAAUGCAAAGUGAAGCUUUCAAAUAUUAACGUAAUUAAUCAAUAUUUAAUGAGUGAAACUGUUCCGGAACCUUUGAAUGCGCAAUAAAAGCUUCAAUUAGAGAAAAUAAGCCUGAAAUGUAAAUUCAUUAAUGAAAAUGAGUCAAUAAAUAAGUUUUUGAUUAAACAUUUA